UCUCCCUCGUCGUCAAUGCACAACAGAACCACUGAUCCCCAGUGAUGGCUUCGGGAAGCACAGUGCUGCAGACACCUGAGAGUGGAAACGAAGGAAACAAGAGGAUAUUGUGUCCGUUACACGGCUGUAAGCGGGUCUUCUCUGACACCAGCGCCCUGGAGAGCCACAUAAAGGACCAUGAGAUCCCGGCUCAGUCUCUCCCCGGGAAGACGUUGCUGUGCUCCACGACUGGCUGCAGUGGCUCCUUCCCCAACAUGCAGAAACUGAUGGAACACAUGAGGCAUCAUCACAAACCCAACAUAUACUUCUUGUGUGAGAGUUGUCGCACAAAGUUGCGGUCCUACCGUGGCCUCCUGACUCACCUGCACACCUGCUCCAAAGUGCCACGGGGCAAAACAAAGACAACUGAACCGACGCCCCCACAGCCUGCUGCUGUGACCAACCAGAACACGACCUCCAUGCCCAUGGACCAGACCCCCCCGCAGCUGGACUCAGUGUCGAAACCCCAGCAACUGCCCUCUCAAAUCCCAAACAAAGAUGGUUCCUUCCCUGCUGCUGUUCCUCAGCCAGACUCAGCUGUCCCCCCUCUCCUCGCCACCCCCUUCCUUUCUCACCAAGAGACCUCCCCUACCCUUCUCACAGAAGGAGUUCCUCAGCCUCUGCUCAGAAACGGAACCUCUAAUCUGCCUCCGUCUCUAAACCUGGAUGUCCCAUCAGCAGCUCCUGACCCCUCUGAUGCCCAGGGUCAGACCCAGACACAGACUAGGUCUCCUGAGCCUGUCCAGCCUGCUCCGGUAUCAGCUCCUCAGUCUCCUCUUGGGUCCUCAGCAGUCUGGAAGAAGAAUCAAGGUAUGGCCUGCAACAGACGCAUCCUUUGGGAGCACACUAAAGGGCGCUACACAUGUGUGCAGUGUGGACACACAGUAACCAACCGCAAGGAAAUGACUCAACACAUCAACAGUCAACACAGCGGUAACAAACCUGCAGAGGACACAGGAAGAAACACAUAGAGUGGAGGCAGGUUUAACCAAACACUGACUGAUGGUUUAUUAUAACACAUCACUCUGAGUGAAGAGUCUGAAGCACUGAGUUACACACACAUCUGUUAGUGUUCUUAACAUGUCUUUUUCCAAUUAACACUUAGUUUCUGCAUAUUGCUGCUAGACACUUUUCAUGGUACCACUUUACAAUCAGACUACCCUUAUAAAGGAUUAAAAUGGUAGUAAGUCAUUAGUAAGAUUAAUGAGUAGUAAGCAUUAAGUUGAUCUUGCCAAAUAGUGAGUCUGCAUCAAUGUAUGAAAACGUUAUAACCUGUCUAUAAUUGUUUAUUCAUGAUUUAUAACGUGUUAACAUCUGAAUUAAUAAACUGAUUACAAACCA